AUGAAACCAGCAAACCGAACGUACAUCGUUUCUGGCGGCAGCUCAGGGCUUGGUCUUGCGACAGUGGUUGACCUUCUAUCAAUUGGCGCCUACAUUGCCAUCAUCGACCGAGCCUCUCCCUCCAGCGACCUGCUAUCCAACGAAAAGGUCAAGUUCAUCGAGGUGGAUAUCACCCAAGUCUCCCAGAUAGAGGCCGCUGUCGAGAGUAUUGUGAAAUGGUCAUCACAAACGAAUGCGCCACUGGGUGGCGUAGUUAACUCUGCUGGAGUAGGGACGGCUGCUAAAAUAAUUGAUGCGUUCAAUGAGCCGCACUCGCUAGACUUGUGGGACUUUACUCUAGCCGUCAAUUUGACUGGGAGCUUCAACUUGACGCGCCUGGCACUCAAACAUCUCAUCAAAGUCGCCCCGGAAGAAGGCCAAGAUGGAGAACGGGGCGUCAUCAUCUUCGUUUCGAGUGCGGCAGCGUUUGAAGGGCAACCAGGGCAGGCUGCCUAUGCCGCGACUAAAGGCGCUCUGCGAUCAAUGACUUUGCCGCUCGCUCGAGAUUUAGCUCGGCAUGCUGUACGAGUUGUGACCAUCGCACCAGGCGCGUUCCGCAGCGCCAUGACGGAUAAAAUGCCUCUGAAGACUCGCAAGAGUCUUGAAAAUGAAGGGGUAGUAUUUCCUCGUCGACUGGGUGAGCCUGAAGAGUUUGCUCGAACUGCUCGUUGGAUCAUCGAGUGUCCUUACGUGAACGGAGAGACUAUCCGCUCUUCAGGGUUGGGCUUAGCUACAGUUCACGACUUGGUCGACGCGAAUGCACGCGUCGCAAUCCUGGACCGAGCAAUACCACAAGAUACCUUCCCAUCAGACCGCGUCCUCUUCCUUCAAAUUGAUAUAACUCGGCUGGAAGACCUUCAACAUGCAGUAGAGGCUGUCGUGGAAUGGUCGAAACAAACGUCCUCGCCACUAGGGGGCGUGAUUUCCUGCGCUGGUAUUGGCAUCGACGAGCCAAUAAUUGACGCUCGUGGUAAAAUACAUUCCAUUGAAAACUGGGACCUGCAUCUCGCUAUAAAUCUGACUGCCCCCUUCAACCUAACAAGACUUGUCCUCGAGCACCUUAUUCGUGUCCCCCCUGAGCCAGAGCCAACUGCUGGAACAAGCGAUGGCGAACGAGGAGUGGUCAUCUUAGUAUCCAGCUCUGCUGCUUACGAAGGAAUGCCUUCCACCAUUGCCUAUGCUGCAACCAAAGGGGCGCUUCGAUCUCUGGCACUUCCCAUGGCUCGCGAUUGCGCACGUUGGGGAAUUCGGGUGGUUACUCUAGCGCCUGGUCCAUUCGGGACUCCGAUGACAGCGCGUUGGGCGGAGAGAGUUGAAAAGGGAAUGACCGCCAACAGUUUACUCUUCCCUCGUAGGUACGGUGCACCGUCAGAAUUCGCUCACGCCGUACGAUGGAUCCUCGAGUGUGGUUAUGUGAAUGGGGAGGACAUUCGACUGACUGGCGGCGGGAGACUGCCAGCAAGGCUGUAA